AUGAUUAAGUUUGUCGUCAUGCUUUUAAAUUUGAAAUCAAUAACAUCUUCAAAUAUUCAAGAAGUCAAAUGUUUGAUGGAUUUGAACGAAUGUUUCAUCGAUGGAAGCUUUUUAGGAAAUUCAACAGCAUUACUGAACAUUACAGGACCUAAAGUGAAUUACUAUGAACUUCAUUUGAGUAAUUUUGAGUAUCUACAAACCAGCCAAUUUGCUGAAUCAAUUAAAGCGACGGAAUUGAAAAUUGAAAAUUCAAUUAUUGACAUUAAUAGUAAUUUGGAACGAAUAGACAAUAAAGUUAGAAGCAUCAACAUCAAAAACUGUUCAUUAAGCAUCUACAGUUUAAAAAAUUUCAAAAGUUUACAAGAUUUGAAAAUGAAAAAGGUAAAAAUUAAUAAAAUAAGUCCGACGGCAUUUGCUGGAUUGAAUAAUAUUUCAUAUUUUGAACUUAAUGAUGCUAAAUUGACACUUGGCUUGAUAUUAUCCCUAAAACAUCUGGAAUCUGUCAGCAUCUUUUCAUUUACAAAAUGUGGAAUCACCAACAAAAUUUUUUCGGAAGUCCUACAAAACCUCAAGUCACCAGAAUCCUUAUCAUUUACAUUAAAUUCCAUAAAAUCCAUCAAAUGCGAUGAAGUAUCAAGACUUGAAAUGUUUUCAUUGUCGAUAAAUUCAAAUCAACUUUUUGGAAUUUUUCCAACCUGCGGAGUUCCUGUCGUUGAUGUGUCGGAAAAUAAAAUUGACACGCUUUUCAUUCAGUCUGGAACGACAACAGUCAAUGCAUCCAUGAAUGUUAUCUCAGAUAUCAGAUGUGAUAAGUUUGUGAAUCUUUUGUUUCUUAAUGUUGCUGGAAAUUUGCUUAGCGAUUUGAUGUGUGUUGCUGGAAUUUCUACUCUGGAGGAUCUCAACAUUAACUCGAAUAAGUUCAAAGUUUUUGGAUCUCUUAGCUUUAAUAAAAUGACAAGCUUGAAGGCUAUAUCAAUUUUGGACAAUCCAAUAAAAUUUAUAUCACCAAGUUUAUUCGCAUCUGUUACGGAAAGUCUCAUCAUGAAGAUAUCUGUCGAUAGAUUUGAUGCUGGAUAUGACAAGCUUACUACUUUUUAUCCACAUUUGUAUGAAGUGACUCAUAACGAGAUAAAUGGAACUUGUGAUGACUACGACAAGGUUGUGGAAGCUUUGAAGUCACAAAAUAUAAGCUUGUUCCUUCUUAAAUCCUCAGCAUGCAUUAAAAAGGUGCCAUAA